GGUCCGUGCGUGACGCCGGGCUGCGUGACGGUGGCGCACAGGCUGCUGCGGUACCGGCAGCCGGCCGCCUCGCCGUGCCAAGACUUCCACGAGCACGCGUGUGGCGGCUGGCUGCGGCAGGUGCGGCAGCUGGGGCUCGCCGACGGCGACAAGGACUACGCGGCCAACGUUGACCCGCGUCAGGGCGCCGUCAACUGGAAACUGCAGCAUUUGCUGACGUCAGCUAAAUACGAAUCGCUGCCGGAGUUUCUGACAGCACAGCAGCUGUACAAGUCCUGCCUACGAGGCACACCGGGAAAUGAUGCUGAAGUACACCUUUCAGUGGAGCACGUGUUCUCGCAGCUGCUGGGCGGCUUCCGGAGCGCCGCCAACUGGUCCCAGCAGCCGGUCGAGCUGACCCAGGUGCUGGUCCAGCUGCACCAGCUGCUGGGCGCGCCGCUGUUUGAGCUGCGCCAGGAGCGGGACCCGUACGACAGGAGGCGCUGGGCUUUCGUCCUGACCCCGCCUGACAUCGGCCCCUUGCGCGGUACCGGCUGGCAGCGGCGUGCCUUGCGAGCAGCAACACCGCGGACGUGGCGGACGCUGAAUCGGCUGUCAGCUGCUCGUCAACGUCGGCCAUCAGCGUCGGCGUCGGCGUCAUCCUCAACGGACGACGACCUUCCGCAGCAGAUCGACGGCUCACACCUCUUCCUGCUGCAGCAGAAUGCUGCCUCCGAAGAUCACAUACAGAACUCUAUGGAGUUUUUCAAAGAGUACAUCCACGCCGGAAAUCAUUCAUCGGAGUUCAACUCCACCGACGUUGACGACAUGAAAAAUUUCCUGUCUUCAAUGGCUAUGAUAACGCCAAGUCACAGAGAAAAAGUGGAAAUGGAAAUACACGGCGAACAAGUCUACGUCAACCCAAUGACCGUCGACGAUCUCGAAUCAGAAUACACGUUUGUGAAUUGGACGGUGUUGCUAUCCGAGGCGCUGUCCGCAAACGUCAGCAGUUCGGACAUUGUAUACGUACCGUUUCCCGGCUACCUGGAUGACCUGGAUAUGAAGAUUGAGCUUCUUCCGGCGCACACCAUACACAACGGCCUACUUUUGAUGUACAGGAUGGACUACCUCAGCGCCAUGGCGGACAUGCUGGCGCCGGCGCCGGCGGCGCAGUUGAAGGACAUGUGCCUGGAUCUGACGAAGGACAUGUACCCCGUGCCUGUGGCUGGCAUGUUCGUUCGCGACGCCGGCAGAGGGAGGCUACAGCAGCUCAAGGACGAGGUGUCGGUUCUGCUGAACGAUAUCAAGACCGUGCUGACAACGUCAAUAGAACGCAAGGCCGCGGCGGAGCCCUCGCCGGUCUACUCCAUGGCGCUGAGGAAGCUACGGUCUCUGCGCUCGCUUCUGGUCGCUUCGCCGAGCUUCUGGAGCGACGAGUUCAUCGCGCAGAACACGCCCCCCUGCCCAGUUUGGCGCGGCCGAGUCUGA